AUGACGUCAAUUGUUAAUGGAACAUCAACGAUUUACUUGGUGGCUGCUUCACAACAUUUGCUAGACAAUGCAGUUUCGUUCUACACCAACACAUUGGGCCUUACAGAACACUCGAAGAGUGAAGAUACUACAUUCCUUUCCAAUGACGGGAACAAGGCAAUCGUUGAGAUCAAAUUAGAUCCAAAGGAAGGGUUGUCUGAAUCUGAGAUUCAAUCAAGAAGAUCAGACAUUGAGUCGAAAUUGAAUGUUGUUGAUUGGAGAUCUUUGGACGACACAUCAGUUAUUAAAGUUGCCAAUUUGGUCGAUUUAAUUGAAGUUUUGACCAGCUCCAAAUUUGUUUUACAAAUUACCCCCAAUGAAUUGUAUCCCAAUGAAGUUUACAUUGUUGACCCAUUAGGGUAUAUAAUCGGAUUCACUGCUUGUAAUGAGCCGCUAACUGUUGUACCACCUGUACAAAAGACUAAUCCUGUUGUUGAAAGUACUGCUAUGCAAACCAAUGUUCCUUCAAAUGCCACUUCAAUUAAAGGAGACCAAGAUCUUUUAGGCGACUUCAAACGCAGAAGAAAUAUUGCUAUAAUGACCUCUGGAGGUGAUGCACCUGGAAUGAAUGCAUGUGUUCGUGCUGUUGUCAGGGCAGCUAUAUAUCGUGGAUGUAAAGCGUUUGCCAUAAUGGAAGGCUACGAAGGAUUGGUUAGAGGUGGGCCUCGUUAUAUCAAGGAAAUGAAAUGGCAGGAUGUUAGGGGAUACUUGAGUGAAGGUGGUACCAAUAUUGGUACUGCUAGAUGUAUGGAGUUUAAAGAACGUUGGGGUAGGUUAACAGCUUGUAAACACAUGAUUGAGGCUGGAAUUGAUGGGUUGAUUGUUUGCGGUGGAGAUGGGUCCUUAACUGGUGCUGAUUUGUUUCGUAGUGAAUGGCCUUCAUUGAUUGCUGAAUUGAAAGAAAAUGGAGACAUCACCGAAGAUGAAUAUGAAAGACAUAAGCAUUUAUACAUUUGCGGAUUGGUUGGAUCAAUUGAUAAUGAUAUGGCUACAACAGACUCAACCAUUGGUGGAUAUUCAGCAUUGGAAAGAAUCUGUCGUGCUAUUGAUUAUAUCGACGCCACUGCCAAUUCUCAUAGUCGUGCUUUUGUAGUUGAGGUUAUGGGUAGACAUUGUGGUUGGUUAGCGCUAAUGGCCGGUAUUGCCACUAGUGCUGAUUAUAUCUUGAUCCCAGAAAAGCCCGCAUCUAGUCGCGAUUGGACUGACCAAAUGACCCAAAUUGUUUCUCAACAUAGAAAAGCGGGUAAAAGGAAAACCAUUGUUAUUGUUGCUGAGGGAGCCAUCACAUCCGAUUUGAAACCAAUUAGUUCAAAGGAGGUUAAGGAUGUUCUUGUGGAAAGAUUGGGUUUAGAUACAAGGAUUACUACUUUAGGGCAUGUGCAAAGAGGUGGUGGAGCAGUGGCAUACGAUCGUCUUUUGGCAACUUUACAAGGAGUUGAAGCAGUGAAAGCAGUCUUGGAGUUGGAUCCUCAAACACCUUCACCAUUGAUUGCUAUUGAUGAGAAUAAAAUUGUUCGUAAACCAUUGGUUGAAGCAGUGAAAAUUACCAAAUCAGUGGCAGCUGCAAUCGAAGAUAAAGAUUUUGAAAAAGCAAUGUCGUUUAGGGAUUCUGAAUUCAAAGAACACUUGUACAAUUUCAUUGCCAUGAAUACCGCCAACCAUAUGGGGCCUUCAUUGCCGGUGGAAAAGAGAAAAAAGAUUGCCAUUAUGAAUAUUGGUGCUCCUGCAGGUGGUAUGAACUCGGCGGUUUAUGCCAUGGCCACUUAUUGUAUGUCAAAGGGACAUACGCCAUAUGCUAUUCACAAUGGAUUUGCUGGUUUAUCUAGACACGAGUCGGUAAAGUCGAUUGAAUGGUUGGAUAUUGAAGGAUGGAAUAGUAUUGGUGGAUCAUUAAUUGGUACCAAUAGACAAACCCCCAGUGAAACUGAUAUUGGAAUGAUUGCUCAUUAUUUUGAAAAAUAUCAAUUUGAUGGAUUGAUUAUAGUUGGUGGAUUCGAGGCAUUUGUUUCCUUAAAUCAAUUGGAGGAAGCAAGACCCAUGUACCCUGCACUUAGAAUCCCCAUGGUUUUGAUUCCAGCAACCAUAUCCAACAAUGUUCCUGGUACCGAAUACUCGUUGGGAUCGGAUACUUGUUUGAAUUCCAUUAUGGACUAUUGUGACAUCAUCAAACAAUCAGCAUCGGCCACCAGAGGAAGAGCAUUUGUAAUUGAAGUACAAGGAGGCAAUUCCGGAUAUAUCGCUACAUUUGCUUCAUUAGUCAGUGGUGCCCAAGCUUCCUACGUUCCCGAAGAAGGUAUACAAUUGGAGCAGUUGGAAAUGGAUAUCAAUUCACUUCGAGAAUCAUUUGCAGUUGAAAAAAACAUGACUAAAGCAGGUAAGUUAAUCAUCAAGUCAUCUAAUGCAUCAAAGACUUUGACACCACAAGUAUUGGCUGACAUCAUACGAGCUGAGUGCCAUGGAGAGUUUGAUACAAAAACUGCCAUCCCUGGACAUGUCCAACAAGGUGGUAUCCCUUCACCAAUUGAUCGUACCAGGGCCGAUAGAUUUGCCAUUAAAGCCGUUCAGUUCAUUGAAGAUCAUGUUGAAUGUAUGCAAAAGAUCAGGUAUGAAUUAGAUUUUCCAUUGGAUGAUGCUGAGUUGCAAGCAACUGCUGCUGUAUUGGGUGUCAAGGGAUCCCACUUAAAAUUCACAUCUAUUAGAAGAUUGUAUGAUUUUGAAACUGAGUUGGGUAGAAGAAUGCCGAAAAAGGUGUUUUGGACAAGGACAAGGGAGAUUGCUGAUGAUUUGGUGGGUAGGACCAGGUAUCAUAAAGCAGGGUAA